UCUCUUCACAUAUAAGUAGGGAACUUUUCUUUGGCUGCAGCGCCCACAAAACCCAUUUCCACCAAUCACAACUCAACACCUUUGACCUCUUUUUCACUCUCCCUUCUCUGCUCAAUCCUGUUCCAUAGAUCCUUCUCUUGCAACUAGUAAUAAGGAGCUGGCAUAUUUGUAUUCACUUCCUUUUACCCUGUGCUUUGUUGUUUUCGUUUUUGGCCUUUAUCCCAAAGGGAACAAAAGCUUGGCAAAGCAUAAAUUGCUAGCCACUUCUACCACUUGAAUCCUCUGUUUUUCUCGAUUGUGUCUUUCUCCUUUUCAUUGGCUUUUUAUCAUCUUUUUUGUUUUUUGGUUUUUGGGUUGUACAAAAGCUUAUGCCUUGAAUUGAAUCUUACUUUGUGAGCUUCAAAAUUGUAAAAUUUAUGGCUUAGUUUUGUUUGCUUUCUGGAAUUUGAUAUCUAUUUCCUUCACCUGUUGAUGGGUUUUUUGAUAAAUUAUUGAACUUUAAUCUAGGGUUUCUAUCAUUAAAAAUAGAUUUUGAUAUCUGUUUUCUUUUUUCGUUAUUGCUUCUUGAAUUUUCCUUGGGUUUUGGAAAGUUGGGACUUUUUCAGAUUCCUCCAUUUGUGCUCACGUAAAAAAGUUGCUCAGAUUCUAUUCAAAUGCUUCUUGAUUUGAUGACUCUUUGGUCUUAAAAUUCUCCACUUCUUUCUGUUCUGCUGCAUUUCCAAUCUGUAUUUUUCUCUCUCUUUAUAUUCAAAGAGAGGGAGAAAUAUAGCAUCCUUUCUUUCUCUCUUUUUUUUUUUUUUUGUAUAAAUUUAUAUCUAUGCUAUUUGCUUUUAUUAUUGUACAGUGUAAUAACCAUGGAUCGGGGAAUUGAAAUCCUCUCUCCAGCCUCUUAUCUUCAGAAUUCCAAUUGGUUGUUUCCAGAAACCAGGGCUACCAAAUGGACCCCUGAAGAAAACAAGCAGUUUGAGAAUGCGCUGGCCUUAUAUGAUAAGGAUGAACCUGAUCGAUGGCAGAAAGUUGCAGCCGUGAUCCCAGGCAAGACUGUUGGUGAUGUAAUCAAACAGUAUAGGGAAUUGGAGGAAGAUGUCAGUGAUAUAGAGGCAGGGCUGAUCCCAAUUCCUGGAUACAGCAGCAGUGAUGCUUUUACUUUGGAGUGGUUCAAUAAUAAUCAAGGAUACGAUGGCUUCAGACACUAUUAUACUCCUGGAGGCAAGAGAACCACCGCUGCCAGGUCUUCUGAGCAGGAAAGGAAGAAAGGUGUGCCGUGGACUGAGGAGGAGCAUAGGCAGUUCCUGAUGGGUCUGCAAAAGUAUGGUAAAGGGGACUGGAGAAAUAUUUCUCGCAACUUUGUGACCACUAGAACACCAACUCAGGUGGCUAGCCAUGCUCAGAAGUAUUUUAUCAGGCAGAGCACAGGAGGGAAGGAUAAGAGAAGGUCCAGCAUCCAUGAUAUCACUACCGUCAAUCUUCCAGACACCAAGUCUCCUUCACCUGAUGAGAAGAAAUCAUCCCCAGAUCAUUCUACCACAAGUCUACAAUCACAGCCACAACAAAAAAUGGUUGGCAUGGCCAAAGGAUUAAUAGACUGGAAACCACAAAAUGAAGGCGGAGGAGCAGCUGGUGUUUUCAGCCAAGCAAAUGGCAAUUUGUUGAUGGCCCCUUUAUGUGGAAUAUCAUCAUAUGGACAAAAACUACAGGAGCAAAAUCUGCUUAGAGGAACUCUUCCAGGGUAUCAAUUUGCACCUUACAAUUUGAUUUUUCAGAUGCAACCGAUGCAACGCCAGUAAGUUUGGGGGAUUUAGGUUUGUCAAGGUAUUGAGAUGCCAUAUGUUACUCAAGUGUUGUUGGAUACUUUGUCUAUGCCAUAUUGAGGAUAUAUGUGAAUAUGUUAAUCAGGAGACUCAUGAUAGUCCAUAGUUAUUAGACUAUUUUUACAGAAUUAUGGGUUAGUUUGUGUUGUGAUUCCAUAUUCAAACCUGAAUCAUUGAACCUAAAAGAAGGAAGCUCAUCUUUUGAUUGAUUGUCAA